AUGGCCGUGUUCAGAGGCGUCACCGCGGCCUUCACCACUUUCACGAUUGUUCAAGCCGCUUCGCAAAAUGCCAUAGGAUCAGCAGGCUACUCUACCAUCGACACACCAGGUUUCACGCUGGAGCUUGACGUUGCGAACCAAGUGGCUACCAAACUGACUGCCAAAUCUGGUUCGAAUGCUGGCAAUGCGCCCUUCAACUUCCUGCUCUCGACCGCGAACAGGACCGAUGAUGGGUACUAUGCUCUGGGCGACAUACAGAUUCGCAUGAGACCCGAGAACAGCGACAGCUGGAUUGACGUUGCUUCUCAUUUUGCUCGACAACCCAUCAAUAACAGUACCGACUCUGCAAAUGGUUCACUGUCCAGUGCUGACAUUACGGCCUCUCUGGGAGACAAUUUGCCAAUCACUGUUGUGCGAUCCUGGAGUGCGGACCAGGACUCCGUAAUUUUGUCUUUCACAAUCAGCAACACCGGCAAUGACACUCUUCAAAUGGGUGGCGUUGGCAUUCCCACACCCUAUAACAACAACUGGAUCGGCAAAAAUCAGGAACAAACUUGGACCGAGAGCGUAGUCAGUGAUCCUGCAUUGUCGUUGGAUGCUGGAUACGUGGUCACCAACCGCCUGACUGGUGAAGGACCAAGCUUGAUCACUACUCCGGUUGGAAAAUCUCCUCUGGAGCAGUACCGUCUCGACUAUGUUUCCGAACCGAAUUACCCGGAGCAGUGGCUCGAUAAGACUAACCUGGACUACAACUAUGAAGGUGUCUUCUCCUGGUGGGUUGCCACAUCGGGCUUGACGGAGCUUGAUACAGCCGCGGCCAACAGUUUGGGCUUCACUCGCGGAAGUGAUUUCAAUGUGCCAACGGAGUUCUCUCUACGCCCAUCCGAGUCUCGAACCAUUGGGUUGAGGUUUCAUACGAGUGCUGGACCUAGCAGUGUUGAGGAUCGACUUCGAGCAUUCGACAGGCCGACCAUCGUCGGCGUCCCAGGAUUUGUUGCAUCUUCUGGCGAGCCAGUCAAGAUGGUCAUUCGAAGCUCAUCUGCGCCCACGAUCAGUGACGUAUCUCCCGCCAAUAUUGCUUUCGAGGCGGUUCAGAAUGUUGGUGAGGGCGUCUACGCGAUUUCUGGAACAGCCCAAGCUGGAACUUUCGGUCAGACUCGAGUGACUAUCGGCUUCGCCAAUGGCGAGGUAGCUACAGCACACUACAGCAUCAUCAACCCAGAGACGACUCAAAUGGAUAAUCUUGGUGCAUUCCGCUUCUCUAAACAAUGGUUCUCGAACGAGAGUGACUACUUCGGCAGAGGGCCUGGCAUCAUCACUUACGAUAACAAGAAACAACAGCAGGUGGUCGAUGAUAGUCGUGCCUGGAUUGCCGGCCUCAGCGACGAGGCUGGUACAGGAGCAUACGUUUCGGCUACAGCCAAGCAGCUCAGCAGACCCAACAGAGCUGAAAUCGCCAUGCUCGAAGAAUUCGCCACAACUACGCUCUGGAAUCGCAUACAGAUCUCCGCACCCGGAGACACCUACGGCGGAGUCAAAAAGAGUCUCUUCUACUACGACGCCGCCCUCGAAGGCCGUGGCCUCUACCUCCCCGGCGUAGACCACAGUGGAACUUGGCCCAAAACUGAAGCCGACCUCCUCUCCCGCUCCUACAACUACCCACAUCCUUGCGUCGUCUACUACACCCUCUACCGCCUUGCACGCAACACCGAGAACCUCACCUCAGUCCCCUGGACCUGGGCCCUCGAUCGCGCGUACGACACCAUAAUGAGCAUGCAACGCAACGCCGGUGUCACUGCCUACGCCCAAUUCGGCCUCAUGGAAGGCAGCUACUUCCUUGAAAUCCUCCGCGCUCACAAAGCCGAAGGCGCAACGAAUAGCACCCUUUCUUCUCGCGCCACCGAUAUCGAGAAUUUCAUGCGUCAACGAACAGAUAUCUGGCAGAGUGAACCUUACCCAUAUGCAUCCGAGUUCCCUUGGGACAACACCGGACAAGAAGAAGUUUACAUCUGGUCUGCUUACUUUGGAUUCAACGAUACUGCUACUGCAACUAUUGGAACUCUUCUCGCAGUCAUGGCUUCUGUCCCUCAUUGGGGCUACUCCGGUUCUGGCGCGCAAUCUGCUUAUGCAUUGAUUGAAGAAUUUCAACGACAUCCAAAUGAUGUGUGGAUGCUGAGGGCUGCUUGGGGUGGAAUUGUAGGACCCUUGACGACAAUCGGGCAAGAUGGAUUUGGUGCUACGGGAUUUCAUUCUAGACCGGAUUAUUUGGCUUGGGAUCCUUAUAGUGGUGAUAAUGGUGUCACGAUGGCUAUGCAUGCUUUGAGUACGAGGGCGGUGAUUGUGCAGGAUGAUUCGCUUGGGGGUUGGGCUGGAUUUGGAGCGAGAGUGAGUCAGGAGGGGAAUGUUGUUGUGAUCGAGCCUACGGAUUCUGCGAGGCAGAAGGUCUUCAUUGCGGACUCUGCUUUGUCGUUGGAGCUGGAUGCCGGUCACUUUGCGGCUGUGAGGUAUGAUUUGGGAAGCCGAAGUGUUGAGGUUGAGUUUGAGGCCAAUGGAGAGGGUUUCACGCCGAAUGCGAGGUUGAAGUGGAAGACGACUGCUCAGACGACGAACUCCGGAAACUACCAGAUUGUGGAUGGUCAGUAUGAAGAGGAGAGGGGUGCGACAGUUGUGCCACUGAGCGGCGAUGGCACGACGAAAGUGACGCUUCGCCAGCAGUGA